AUGGAGGUCAGCGAAGGCAGCUGUGGUGGCUGGAGUCGGUGGUCAGAGUUGUCAUCUCCUCGAGCUCUCACACCAUUGGCCAACUUUGGCAGCCGUUGGCAGCCGUUGUUGGCCACCUCCUGUCACUGCAGUCUCCAACCAACUAUGUUCUCCAUCACCAUCGACGGCCUCCACUCACGCAUCGGCCAGAGGACGCCAAAAGCACUGCCAAAGUUGGUCAAGUAUAAUGUUAUAGGCCUUUCAGCAAAUAUUGGAGAUUGCUUUUUCCGUGGCUUUGACUGUUCUAUUCUCACCAUGGCACUCAUGGAGAAUGUACAAUCAAUGGACUUUAGACACAUUCGUCAACUGAUUCACUUAGUACUUGUCCCUAUAGUGAAGUUAUGCCCUGCAGAUUUGAGAGUUCAAUGGCUGGAAAACUUGCUUCAUCCAUUGUUCCUCCACUGUCAGCAGGCUCUUUCUUACUCAUGGUCUAGUUUCAUGCACGAAGGUAGAGCAAAGGUUCCCGACACAUUUAUUAGCCUUCCUGACAUUGAGCUGAAGUUAGAGGUAAUGGAAGAGAAGUUACUUCGUGAUUUGACUCGGGAAAUAUGUAAUCUUUUAUUGGUUUUAGCUUCACCGGCUCUAAAUUCUGGGCUGCCUUCUUUGGAACAACUUGGAAAUGUAAACCGUACCGAAUCAUCUUCGCUCAAUUCAUUGGAUGCAUUCUCUACAAAUUCUAUAAUGGGAUUUCUCUUGACGCAUAAAAGCCUUGCUCUUCCAGCCUUGAGAAUAUGUAUUGAAGCGUUCACUUGGACUGAUGGAGAAGCUGUUGCUAAGGUUGCGUCCUUCUGUGAAGCUGUUAUCCUUCUUGCUAUAUCAACAGAUAAUGUGGAACUCAGGGAGUUUGUUGUGAAGGAUUUAUUCUAUGCCAUUCUUCAAGCUCUUUUCCUUGAAUCAAAUGCAGUAAUCAGUUCAGAUCUUGUUGGUCUUUGUCGUGAAAUAUAUGUUUAUUUGUCGCACAGAGAUUCUUCUCCAAGGCAGAUUCUGCUAUCCCUUCCUUUUCUUACAGAGGGGGAUUUAGUUGCUUUUGAAGAUGCUCUGAGUAAAACUAGUAGCCCAAAAGAGCAAAAGCUGCUUAUGAGAAGUUUGCUUCAGUUGGCUACUGGAAACAAGUUGAGAGCUCUUGCUUGUCAAAAGAGCACAAGCAUCAUAACCAAUGUUACAGCAACCAAUGUAUCAUCCAACAGGUUCCCGAGCUGGAUCGGCUUCCAUUCUUCUUCUUCCUCCUGGAAUAGACUUGUCAUUCAUCUUCCAAAGAAUCAGUCUGAUGGGGUAAUAGUCCAUCAGUAUUGUUUUCUAUUGGGUUUGAAGGUUCCAGCAUCACAUCACUCACAGGAACAGCAACAGCAACAGCAGUGUCAUGAGGAGGUCGUCAGGGGCAAAAGACACCUCUUGUCUGGUAGUAUACUCGCCAGCCUUUGUGCUCAGCCUGACUUCAAUAACAUCAGUGCAACUGCUGGCGUCCGCUUUCUCCAUUUGAAGGUUGUAUCUGAGGGUUUGGACAGUAUUCCUGUUGUAUUCCUCUCCCGAGAUGGUGUUUAUUUUCCCCAUUCCCUUUCCUCAUCCUCCCCACAAGGCUCCCUGCUGCAGCCAUCCGAAACAGUUGUUGACGCUAUCUUUCCUACAAUUUCUGCAUUGCAGCCCACGCUCCCUGCAAUUCCCUCACUCUCGCUUGCUGCCAACACUGUUCCAGCCACCAUAUAUCCUCUUCCCUUCCCACCGGCUGUUGUACCAGUGAUCCCGAACCACGUCCCUAUCACCUAA